UUCCUCGGAAGGGUUUCUCUCAGUCGAGAGAUCCCGCGCUCUCUGUUAAAACAAAACACUAGCUUUCCGGCUCUAUCUCUUUCUCUCGGACGCAGAAACCCUAAAAAGAAAACAAAUUUAGGGUUUCUUCUGCGCAUAUCAGGAGCUGUAAUCAUGUAUGGAGGAGAUGAAGUAUCGGCAAUAGUCAUUGACCUGGGUUCGCAUACCUGUAAGGCUGGUUAUGCCGGUGAAGAUGCUCCCAAGGCAGUGUUCCCUUCUGUUGUCGGCUCAAUUGAUCAAAUGGAAGUUGAUGAUGCUGUUAAAUCUGAAAGGGACUCUGGAACUGCUCCAGAUUCUAAAAACAUUGUUAAAACUUUUGAUUCGGAUAAAACUAAGACAAAGCGUAAAUUGUAUGUGGGGUCUCAAGCUUUAGGAUACCGCCGUGAUCAUAUGGAGGUGCUAUCACCUUUAAAGGAUGGAGUUGUUGUUGACUGGGAUAUUGUUGACAAUAUAUGGGACCAUGCCUUCAGGGAGCGCUUGCUAAUAGAUCCUAAAGAGCAUCCGAUGCUACUUGCAGAACCAUCUUCUAAUUCUCCACAACAAAGAGAAAGGACGGCAGAGCUUAUGUUUGAAAAGUACAAGGUUCCUGCUUUGUUUUUGGCCAAGAAUGCUGUUCUUACAUCUUUUGCAUCUGGUCGUGCUACUGCUUUAGUUGUUGAUAGUGGUGGUGGUUCAACAACUGUUGCUCCUGUACAUGAUGGAUAUGUACUCCAAAAGGCUGUAGCAACAUCUCCUAUUGGAGGGGAAUUUCUUACAGAGUGCAUGAUGAAAAGCUUGGAAAGUAAAGGAAUCACAAUAAAACCUAGGUUUUCUUUUAAGAGAAAGGAAAUACGACAGGGAGAAUUUCAGAUAGUAGAUCUAGAUUUUCCAAAUACAACAGAAAGUUACAAGCUGUACUCCCAGAGGGUCAUUGUAAGUGAUAUCAAAGAAUGCGUGUGCAGAGCCCCUGAUGCUCUAUACGAUGAGACUGCAUAUGCCAAUGUUCCAAUGACAUCAUAUGAGCUUCCUGAUGGACAGACACUAGAAAUUGGAGCUGAUAGAUUCAAGAUUCCUGAUGUUCUAUUUAAUCCCUCCUUAAUUCAGAUAAUUCCUGGUAUGGAGAGUUUUUCUGAGUCUAAUCCUACCAUUCGCGGGCUUCCACAAAUGGUUAUUGAAAGUAUAAAUAAGUGUGAUGUGGACAUCCGAAGAGAACUAUUCAGUAGUAUACUGCUUGCUGGUGGGACAGCAUCAAUGCAGCAGUUGAAAGAGCGUCUAGAGAAGGAUUUAUUAGAGGAGUCUCCUCAAGCUGCUAGAGUUAAAGUUUUGGCAAGUGGUAAUACAACUGAAAGGCGAUUCAGUGUUUGGAUAGGUGGGAGUAUUCUGGCAUCUCUUGGUUCCUUCCAACAAAUGUGGUUCUCAAAGGCAGAGUAUGAGGAGCACGGGGUUUCAUACAUUCAACGGAAGUGCCCAUAACUGCCAUGUUUCUGAAAUUGCGUGGAUACCAGUCUAUCCAUUCCAAAAUUUCCUUGGGGACCCUUGAAGCCUCAAUCCUUGCCUUUCGUUUGGGAGACUGCCGUUAAUGUGAUACUGAUGUUUGAAAGAACUGUAAGACCUUUGUAUGUCCUGAUGACUGAUGACUUUAUUGGAGUUAAAUGAGAAGAACCACCAUCGGGCUAUCUAAGUUGGUCUUAAUGCAGUGCAGUCAAAUGAUGAUAUAACAUUUAAAUGUAGGGGGAUGGAUUUUAUGUUUAUUGUGUAAUUUGUAGGCAAUACCUUUAUUUAUGGGAUUGUGCGGACCAUUUGAUAGGUCAGUUCUGAACGUUGAAGAUUGGUCGCACCGAUUUGAUAUUAGCAACAUGAGACGAUUUGAUACUUGUAGAAUUCAUAAAAUUGCAGCUGAUAGGAUAAAAUACCUGGACAUGAUCUUAUUUUAAGACUUGAAGGCUUGAAGCUUAGUUGCUUCUAAUGUUUGCUAUUGUAGUACUCAAAAUUGCAGAUUUGCAGCUGAUAGAAUAAAUUAUGGUUGUCCA